UCGACGACGAAAUGAGAGCAAUCAGUAGCCUUCGAGCAGUCUACCACAGAAGUGCACGAUGAGAUUUCUGAUUGUCGCCGCCGCCGUCCUCGCCUGCGCCGCAGCCGCGCCCUCCGGCGCCCUGCUGGCCGGGCCCUACGCCCAUGGCUACGCCGCCCCCCUGGCAGUGGGCCACGCCGCCCCCCUGGCCCUGGCCCACGCCGCCCCCUUGGCUCUGGCGCACGCUCCAGUAGCCGUGGCCCACGCUGCGCCCGCCUUGCCCACCAUUUCCCCCGGAGACAUCCACGCCGCCGCCAUCGAUGCCCACGUUGACGCCUCAGACCACGCCCGCGCCGCCGUCGACGCCGCCCGCGAAGCCCACGACCAGCACGCCGAGCUCCACGGCCAGGCCGUCAACGCCGCCGAAGACCACUCAUGGCAGGCGCUCGACGCUGUCAAGACCCAGGAGGCCCAGCUCGACGGCGCCGCCGCCGGAGCUGCCCCCAUCUUGGCUAAGCAGAUCGCUGGACACGCCGCCUACGCCGCGCCCGUCCUCGCUCAUGCCGCUCCCGUGGUUGCCCACGGCUACGCCGCCCACGCCGCGCCCGUGGUCGCGCACGGCUACGCCGCGCCCGCUGUAGCUUACGGCGCCAGCAAGACCGUCGUGUCCCAAUCCCUGUCCCAGUCCCACCCCGCCCCCGUCGUCCACGCUCCCCUCGUGGCCCACGCUCCCGUAGCGUACGCCCACGGCGUUCAUGGCCUUGCCCACGGAUACUCCCACGGAUGGUAAACUGUGAUAGCAAUUUAGAUACCAAAAAUAAUACUCAUUUUGGAUUGUACAUAAAUUAAUUAAAAAAACAAAUAUGCAAUAGACGCGAGGAUGUGUGAAUAAAUGAAAUAGUAAUUUAA